CAGUUUAUUACAUUGGGAAAAUGUGGCUGACCGCCCAUAUACCAUUAUUUACAUGCUUUUUAAGGUUCCUAAUAUGCGAAUUUGCGAUAUGCGAGGCUUUGAACCGCCCAUAUUCUCGCAUAUUAGACGACCCCCCUGUACCUCCCAUCCUCAUAUAUCUUACACUUAACCAAGCUGUUGCAGUAUGUGGUUUUAGUAUUGAUUAUGGCAGAUAUUUUGCUUCUCCAUACUUUUACUGGCAAUUAUACUCAAUCUACCACCUGGAAUUAUCAUUCCCUCAUUUGAGCAGGAAUGACGUCAGCCACAGCAUUUAAACUGGCAGAUAACGUCUUGAAGCGGAAUGGGUUACAAUUUUUUUUUCAUCCUCACGACAGCCUCAUCAAAAUUGUCAAUAAUUUCUGUAAUGCAAUGAUGACCUAAUGUCAGCGACCCGGUGCUAAAUUAGUUCAAACCAGAAUGACGUUAUCCUGCAGAUGAUAAAAUGCAUUAAAGGUAAAGGUAAAAUUGUGGGCAUACGCUGUAGCAGCGCAUGGCCUCUGUGCUCAUCUCUGUAACAUUGGCCCUUGAGCCUGUGGUAGGAGGGAGCCCAUUACCCUGGGACACAGGGCCAAUGUGACAUCCAGGUUACCACAGUUUACCUUCCCCAGGUUUCCCCAGGUACCCAUUUAUCGACCAGCCCGAGAGGGAGGAUGAACAGCUGGGUGAGCUGCACGCCCGGGCUGGGAUUCGAACCCAGGCCCGCAGAGUAGAAGCCAGGCAUGCUGACCACUAGACCACGGAGGCGUAUGCCUCUGUGGUGGCGAGUAAUUAUCACCGCAACAUAUAACCAAUAAUUAUUAAAAUCUUCUUUAUUCUUUCGGUUUUUAUUUCUUUUCAAUCUUUUCCAUGCUUUGUCUCUUUUUUUCUUUUGCCUUAGCACAUUUUGCAUUAAACCAGUCCUUUUUUCAUUUUUCUUUAGGUUUGUAUUCUGGUACAAAUUUCAUAACUCCUGAUUUAUAUGCCUCCAUGAAAAUAUCACACUUUUCUUGCACUUCACUUGUUCUCUUUAACUCAUCCCAGUCCGGCUCUCCAUAGUAUUUCCUGAGAUUUUCCACGUCUGCCUUCCUAUAGUUUAACAUUUCUUUUAUAUGAUUCAUCCCCUUCACUUCCUUCCUCCUCUGUUUCCAUCUCUGUUAUCAUGUGGUCACUCUUACCCAGGGGGCAUCCAUACCUUAAUUCGUGUGUGUGUGUGUGUGUGUGUGUGUCCUCUUCCUCAAACAAAUAUCGUAACAAAAUACAUUUCUGAUCCAACAGUAACCCCUUUCAUUAUCCAUUAUCCUCCUUCCUCCUCGUUUGGGCGGCUUUUCCAAUACCCUACGCCCCUGUCCACCCAGCAGUGAAUGGGUACCAGGUGUUAAUCGGGGGUUGUGUCCCAUCUCCUGGGAUCUGUUCCCUUCUCCUAUACGUAAUUCCUUCCCCUUCUGUCUCUCUCCGGCAUAUGACCACAGAUGUUGCACCGACUAAACGAAACUAUCCAACUUUCCUUCCUCCUCGGGGAUGCCGGAGUACUACAAGCUAACCCUUUUGUGCAGGAUGUGAGGAGAGUGGCAGUAAAGACAGAGGAGCUGCAGAGGUGCCAGGAGGAGAAGUUGGCUCUGAAGGCCCGGCUUGAUGCACUAGGACUCUCUUUAGCCCAGCUGGACAUUGCCAUAAAGGACACCGAGCUCAGGAUCAUGGAGGCCAACAGUGAGAAGCAGAGGCUGGAGGGCUGUGUGAUCCAGGCCAGUGAGGAACAGGAGAUCAAGAAGAGGGAUGACAAACUGGCAUUGCUCAAGGAGGACAACCAAAAGAAGAAAGAUCAUCUGGCCCAGCUGCAGCAGAGAGCCAGCUUCAUGAAGGCAACCAAGGAGAAAAUGGACAAGCUCAUAGCAAUGUUGCAAGAAAUCCAUCAGGAAAAAUCAAAAGAGGACAUCCAGGCAACCAUCCAAAAGAUGAUCUCCCAAGUCACUGAACUUCAAGAGGAGAUUAAGGACCAAGGGCAGCAUAAUCUGCAGUUGACUCAGCAGCUCACAGCGUCAGACACUAAGUUGCAACACAUCCACCAGACGUGGGACCUGAAGAAGGAAAGCAUCAAUAAAGAGAUCAAAGAACAGAAACAGCAAGCCUUUGUCAAGUUUUCAGCAUACAAACCAUUUUCUUUUGCACCUUGUUCUCUGACAUGUUCCCUCAUGGUUUACUCAUUCCGGCAAUCCCUCUCACUACACUUAAUCCUUUGCCUGCAAACACACACACACACACACACUCACACACACACACACACACACACACACACACACACACACACACACACACACACACACACACACACUCACACUCACACACACAUACACACACACACACACACACACACACACACACACACCUUGAUCAGCGCCAGCUGAAGAGGAGGGAAGAUUCACAUAUUUUUGGCAAUAACUUCGGUUAUCAUCAGCGUAGAGACUUCAGACUUGGUUCAUAUUUUAGCUCAUGGAAAGACGCACCUUGUAUGGCGUUUGAUUUUGACCUUUGACCUUGACCUCGAAAAGUUCGCCCAAGGUCAAAGUUUAAAAAAAAAGAAUUUUAUCAAAUUUCGAAACAAAUGCUUCUAUAUGAUGUACCUUGCAUGUCCUUGACCUUGACCUUUGACUUUGACCUCGAAAAAUUCGUAAAAGGUCAAAGUUUCCAAAAAAAUAGAAUUUCAUCAAAUUUCGAAAAAAAAAAUGCUUCCAUAUGAUGCAUAGGAUCACAGUUGAUGCCCACACCAAUUUUCAGAGCGAUCUUUGGCGGAGGUGUGCACUCUCCGAGUGCUAUGCGUCUAGUUUGUAAAUUUAUUUUUAUUUUUUAUAAAUAGUACAAUAUUAAAUGUAUGUAUAAUUCUAGUAUGUCUCGUAAAGGGGGAAGAAUAAAGUGUGGAUUGGUGAAAAUUGUAAAAAAAGUGCACUAUGCGAGGGUAUUGGCAUGUGAAGUGAAUGGGCGCGAAUGAAAUACCAAGAGGGAUAACAGAGUAAAAGGAAUGUUGUGAGUGUGAGUGGACAACCCCACUAAGCAAUGGAAGAACAGUGUUUGUGUGCCAGAGAGAGAGAGAGAGAGAGAGAAACUAACGAAGAAAAUAUUCUACGUGUUUUUUGACCGCCAAACUAAAGAAUCACGGAUUAUACGCCACAUGAAUUAAAUGAGGGUAUAAUAUUUCACUUGUUGAAGAACAAAUCAAUGAUAUAUCAUAAAGUAGGGUUAACAUUAUUUGCUGUAAUAGUUCAUAUUUUAGCUGAGAAUCAGCAUAUGGCUGUGGACGUUUCUCCGGCUAUCAGCAUGUUAAAGGGUUAAGAAAACUGGUGAUCGAAGAAGAGGUUGUAGGUUGAUAGAGCUUCAUAAAUUUCCUAUUAAUUAAGAAAUGUUUCAAAAGCUUUAGAAAGACAAGAAAAUAAGCUAUAGGACGGCAGUUUGAAGGAAUAGAGCGGUCACCCUGUUUAGACGUAUUUUCAAACUACCGCCCUUUAGCUUAACUUUCCUGUCUAUCUAAAGCUUUUGAAUCAAUCCUUAACCGGAAGAUUCAAAAGCACCUUUCCACUUCUGAUCUUCUAUUUGGUCGCCAGUAUGGAUUCCGCAAGGGGCGCUCUACUGGCGAUUUUCUUGCUCUUUUAACUGACUCUUGGUCAUCCUCUCUUAGCCGUUUCAGGGAAACUUUCUAAGUUGCACUAGACAUAUCGAAAGCUUUUGAUAGAGUCUGACACAAGUCUUUGCUUUUUAAACUGCCCUCUUUCGGAUUCUAUCCCUCUCUCUGUUCCUUUUCUCCAGUUUCCUUUCCGGCCGUUCUAUCUCUGUGGUGGUAGACGGUCACUGUUCUUCCCCUAAACCUAUUAACAGUGGUGUUCCACAGGGCUCUGUCCUAUCACCCACUCUCUUCCUGUUAUUCAUCAAUGAUCUUCUCUCCAUAACAAACUGUCUAAUCCACUCACAUGCUGACGACUCCACUCUGCAUUAUUCAACUUCUUUCAAUAGAAGACCAUCUCAACAGGAAGUACAUGACUCCAGACUGGUGGGUGCAGAACGCUUAACCUCAGACAUUGCUAUCAUUUCUGAUUGGGGUAAAAGGAACCUUGUGUCCUCCAAAGCCUCGAAAACCUGAUUUCUCCACCUAUCAACUCGACACAAUCUUCCAAACACUUAUCCCCUAUUCUUCGAUAACACUCAGCUGUCACCUUCUUCGACAUUAAAUAUCCUUGGUCUAUCCUUAGCUCAAAAUCUCAACUGGAAACUUCACAUCUCUUUUCUCACUAAAUCAGCUUCCUCGAGGUUGGGUGUUCUGUAUC